CAACACACAAACCAUGCAGGCUGCUGAGGAGGCGAGCCUGUGCUGGCAGCAGUCUCCCAUUGAUGGACAGAGAAAUAACAGGAUAAAUGCUGACAGCAAACCUUACGAGUAAAAACACUAGAAGCAGCGUCAGCCUCAGAGAAUCCUACUGCUACGUCAGAGGCAGCGGUAUAGUGGCAUUCAAUACAAGGCGCGCUGACAGGACCAGCGUCAGGCAGCCGUUCUCACUCUGCUCCCCAAGGACGGCAGCUCUGGGAUGGGCUGCUCUUCUGGACGCCAGCCCCCGGCUUCGGUCCUUCACCCAGACCUGGACUUUGGCAACACCAGUGAGGGCAACACCUCACCCCAAGACUCCGACAACCGAAACCAGAGCCUGAAUGGCAGCGGAGAGGGAGCCGACGGGGAGGACAGCCUCGGACAAGGGCAAGCCAGACCCCCGGAGUCCCUCCACACCCUGGAGAGGCUCGCCCAGGCAACGGGCGGCACGGAAAAGUCCUGGUACCGCUGCGUCUUCCCGUUCGGCGUGAUAUCGCUCGUGAUAGGCAUGGCGGGCACCGGGGUGACAUUCACCUUCAACACCCUGCCCCAGACUAAAGUGGUGUCGGUCGCACUGCUGUGCACCGGCAUGUUGAUGCUGCUUGUGGCGGGCGUUUGUUGGAGGGCCCAUCGACUGAGAAAACGGAAAAAGAAGGAAAGUGGAUUCUUCACUGCUGAGGGCACUUUGUGACAGAGCGGGGACUUCUGCUGGACUGUCACAGAGUUGUAGAGGAGUUUCCACUCAGCACUCACUGAUGAAGACUUGAACAACGCUGGUAUUAUUUAGACGGGGACGUGCUUUGACAGAUAGUAUCAAGUAGGAAAGUCACUUUUCUUAUUGUUAUUGAGGAGUAACAACUCAAAAAUGUCCUGAUGUGAUAUCCCAGCAAAAUAACAGUAUAAACACAGAUUUAGUUGUAGUUUGUAUAGUCUUAAGCACUCAGCUGCUGUACAGACAUUUCACCCCAGUAAGACUGAUUAAGAGUGAUGGGUGGUGCCUCUGUGCAACUAUCACUUUUCUUGACUGGAACUGUCUCCAAGUCAACAAAUCUGUCUUUCUAGACAGUGAUUGCAAGAACAUUCAGCAACAGGUGUGGGAGGUGCUGUGCUGCAGUAUUUGAUUUUGGCUUCUCCUCAAAAAGACUUUUUGAAUUGAAACUAUAUGCAUUGACAUUUUUGCGUUUUUGAAAACUCUUAACUUCUUAAAACCUUGAGGCCGGUAACAGAGACAGGAGCGUAUUUCUAGGUACUUCUCUCCCGCUGCCCACUUUGGGUUUGAGGAAUGCUUUCAACAAAGGCGCCUCAGGAGUAGCAGUUUAUUAUUAUGUCAUUAUUUUUUCCCUGAAGCGUCACGUGAGACAGAACAAUAACCUUUGAACAUGUACUGCCAGGAGUAGAAAUACCCACCGGUCAAAUCUAGUCUUUGUGCUCCGGUUUGACAGUUUGAAUGUGCAGCUGGUUAAGGAAGGAAAAGCAGCAUCUUUUUUUUUUUCUUUCACUACAAAUGGAGCUGAAUUGUAACAAGAGCUCAUGAUGGCAACAUUACUUCACUGCUAAAUGAGUUUCCUUUCAUUACAGAGCUGUGAGUUUUCCUCCAUGGUCUACUUAGAGUGCAGUGGUUCAUUAUGAGAAAGCAAACAGUUUUAGUCAGGUUUUUAUUUCUUUCUUUCUUUAUUUAUUUUACAUUUACAGAUUUGUUAAAACAAUAUGCAAUACUCAGCGAGUUUACUUUUUCUGCUAAAUUAUUCACAUACAAUUUUCCGUCUACAGUGUAGUUUCAUCCGUCCAUUGUCUCUAGCCACUUGUUCUAGCCGGGUCGCGGGGGGAGCUGGUCCCUACGUCCAGUGGUCAGUGGAUAAGAGGCAUGGUACACCCUGGACAGGUCACCAGUCCAUCACAGAUCAAUCAAACAAGCAUUGCCUUUAUCUCUCGUCAUCCAUCUUAACUCUCAAGUGAUAGGCUUUUGGCAUUGCGGGAAUUUUAAUCUAGUGGCUAAUGAUUUAUACAGAUGUGCGUUCAAACGGAUAAAGAGAAUGUGGAUUUCUCCCCCAAUGUUUUUAUCUAAUGAGGGAACUUAAUAAUUUUUUCUCUUCAAGUUUCACUUUUUUAAAAAGUUCUCAUUCUGGUUGCGGUUCAUUUUCUUGAUACAUUUUUAUUUUAUUUAAUUUAAGUCUCAUUCACAAUACAACUUUGUGUUUUAGACGCAACAAACUUCCUUCUCGUAGUUUGCAACUCACAAAAACAAGGAGCACACUCAAGAAGCUGUACUCAAUGCAGUUAGUAAGUAAGUGAAAUCUAUUAUGAACUAAAUAAUAACUAAUAAACAAAUAAACGACUCUCCGCACUGAGGCAUCCUGGUGUGUUUUUGCCUUAAAUCCUUCAGUCGGUGCGUCACAUCCUGGAGAAAAACCGACAAACCUUUUCAUAUGUCAACCUGGACAUAAUGAACUAAUGCUUACAAUGUGCUUAGUAUCUCUCCAAAGUUAAAAAUGAAUAUAAAUCCUAGCAGUUAACAUUUAUAGUACACAGGCCACAUUCUGUAUAAAUAACAAUGGUAAAGCUAAUGAGUAUCUAGCUAAUUUAGCUAACGUGAAACGAUUUACUAAAUUGUUCCAUGAUGCUAAACGUGAAACGUAAGUACCUACCUUACUUACCCAUAAUAAUAAUGCACUUAAGUAUUUUGUACAAGAACCUGACUGAUCUGUGAAGAAAGAGUGAAAUCCUGCUCUGUUCUCGUCGGGCUAAUAUGUAGCAUUCAAGCUAGCCGGAAAAGCUAUGGUAGCAUACUGUCACUACCAGCAGUAGUGGGGAUUUGAGAUAGACCCAGCAGUAUCACAUGAGCUCCAGAGUUUUUUUUUUUUAUGGAUGUUGUUGGAUAAAUAUUUUCUCUCUGAUCUCAUCUUUUGCAUGAAAUGUUAGCAUUUGUGGAGAAGCAGCUAGUUCUGUGUGUUAUUUGCGGUUUCUUUGAAUUUUUUUUAUGGUUCGUUACAAAUCUGUGUGGUAUAAAUGGUAUUUAUUUGAUGAUAGUUGUUCUUUUUAGAGACUGGGGGUUCCUACAAAUUACAUAUCAUGGAUCUAUUGUGCUAAUUAUUAUCUAUAAGAGUGUAGCCACAUUUAUGAAUGUCUCUUUAACAGUGUCUUAUUAUCUUUUCUUGUAUAAAGAGUAAAAACCCUGUGUAUUUUUAAGUGGAAAUAUAUUUUGUAAUGUAGUAGAGAAUAUAUUUGAGGCCUUUCACUGCUAUCCUUAUAUUUCUAUUUAGGAUAUCUGGUUGUGAUGACUGUAAACUUGUUCAUCUGAAUGUUAAAUACACGUCUCAUUCCAAAAAUGAGAAUCUGCCAUUCCACUCAACUGCUGCGUAUAAAUAUGAAGAAUUUCAUUUGCAUGGAGGACAUAAUUACCUGUCUUUAUUUACUUCAGAGAUCAGGAACUUUUGAAGAUUUUAGUUUUGGAAUGAAACACAUUAACUGGUUGUUGUUAGCUCUAGCAGCAUGGUCUCUCAGUGCCUUUUUUCUUGCUAUGUAAAAAAAUUCUACGUGAAGUGCAGUUAAUUUGUGAGCUGUGAAGGCCGACCGGUGCCGGUGUUAGAGUAGCCCAACAGAGGCAGAAAUACUGCGGUGUAUCCAGUAGAAGUCAGGUUCAAGUCUGUGGAAGUGAACUGGUGUGCAUGAAGUCACUGUUGGAUGUGGUUUCUUUGGUCUAACUGCCUAAAAUGCCAAAAAUAUUAAAGAAGAAGUUUAUUUUUUGCGUCUCUCAAAUGUCUGUAAAAUUGUACAUUUUUUUCUUGUUCACUGUUGUUCAAAGCACAUAAUUAAAACCAAGGUCAGUUUUUGGAA